AUGGCGUCUCCAACUUCGGGUGGGUCUCAAACUGACCAGAGCUGGUCGUCCAAAACCAAGGAGAUCUUCCAGAAGUGGGACGUGCACGGCACCGGCGUCAUCACACGGAAGCGGCUGCGCGAGCUCCUCUCCCAGGUGGCCGGCAAGGCCGUCACCGAAGAGGAGAUCGAGCGAUGCAUCGCCGAGGCAGACAAGAACCACAACGGUCUGAUAGAGUACAACGAGUUCAUCGAGUGGCUUCAACAGCCCUGCGCUACAGUCCGCAUGGGAUCGCAAGGCCUGGAGUAUUUCAGCCUGGAGGCAGCUGUAAGGCCCCUCUACGACGUCUAUGACCAGAACGGGGACGGAUUGGUGUCCAUGGAGGAGUUUGUGCAGUGCCAGACCAUCCUCCAGAAUUGCCUCGGCCUCCGAAGCCAGACUGCAGCCCCUUUGGAGGACCAGUUCAAGAAGCAACUUGGGAAGCCCGAGGGUUCGGCAAGCCUCAGCGUCUUCGACAACUCCCCCAAGCGCGUCUUUGGGCAGGUGGACGCAGACAAGAGCAAGGGCAUCACCUUUGAGGAGUUCCUGGAGUGGCAGCGCACGCGGCUGGUCGAAGCGCGGACGCCCAGCAAGGAGCUGGAGGAGCUACUGCCUGCCCUGGCACGUCAGCUGAAGCGCGUCUUCAGGUUCGACGACUCCGCCGAGCAGGAUGCCACGGGGGAAUGCGACUCUAAGGUCCUUCAGAAGAUUGUGGACAACCUCGCCAAGUUUUGCGUGGAGAUCUGGUCCAAGAAGGAGGAGGAUGAGACUAAGGCCAAAGACAUCAAGGUCCUCAUGGGAAAGACCCGCCACUACACCAACCGGUGGACGGAGCCCCCCGUGGGAUUGAAUGUCAAGAAGCUCAAGGCGAAGUUCCUUGCCACAGAGUCGUGCACGAAGGUCACGGAGAAUAUGGACCUAGAUCUGAUGGUCAUUCCCAUCCUUGCAGAAGGAGAUGAUGUAAACCCCCGCAGUCGUGUCUGGCUGGCUCAGAUCAUCCAGAAGGUGACGAUGAAGGACGGGAAGGUGCGAGAGGAUGAUCCGGUCUACUACGAGUUUGAGUCUCUGUCCUGGCACAAGACCGAUGACGCCAUGUACAAGUUCCACACGGCCUUGGACGCCUUGCCACCCGAGCUUCGCAUGUUCUCCCUCCUCAAGGCGGAAGCCGACUUCGGCGCCAAAAUUGCUUGGGAGCAAGUUGAGAAGGUCCUGAACAGGUGCCUUGGCCACGGGAUCAUGAACGCCACCCAGGUUGCCGAGUACAAGAACUCCAUGGAGCUGCGUGUCAUGAAGGCACUCAAGGAGGAGGACUUGCUCUCGGGCUUGACGGCGGAGGAGUCACAGAAGAAGGUCCGCGACAACUUGAUGGCCGUUUCCCAGAGGCCCCAGGAAAUCAUGGCGAUGAUGAGUGACUUGAAAGUCUUCAAAGUUAGUUCUGUUUGGGCAGAUUUCAUGACAGCCGACUGA